AUUUAAUUUUUUGCUGUGGUUCUAAAUAAUCAAAUAAUAAUUUAUUUUCAUUUGUUAUCAUUAAUUAAAUGUCACAUUUUAAGACCUGCGAUGGACUGACGAACUCUCCAGGGUGUACCCCGCCCUCGGCCGUUGACAGCUGGGAUUGGCUCUAGCCCUCCUCUGCGAACCUACAAAGGAAUAAGCUGUAGAUAAUGGGUUGCUCGACUACACUUUAUCUAAGGUUAUAGGUUCUAACGUUCAGUUUUACUUAUUUCCAAGUGUUGUUUCUAUAGUUCUAUAAGUAUUGUAAAAAGUCAAGCACGCGUUACCGUUUUGUUUACAUUCGUGGUUGGGGCGGGGCUGUUCUUAUUUUCCAAAUAACUCAUUGGCCGUUGGGAGUGACUCAUUAAUAUGUUGCGCAUGCGUAGCAUUUCAGGAAGACUCUAGUAUGGCCGCUGUUGUGUGUUAAAAGCAGCUUCAAAGUCUGUAACCAUGAAUAUCGUGGGCCAGUUAGCAGAGACUGUGUUUGUGACGGUGAAGGAAUUGUACCGCGGCCUGAACCCCGCCACUCUCACUGGAGGCAUCGAUGUGAUCGUGGUCCGACAGGCAGAUGGAUCCUUCCAGUGCUCACCAUUUCAUGUCCGUUUCGGAAAGCUCGGUGUGCUGCGUUCAAAGGAGAAAAUAGUGGAUAUUGAAAUAAAUGGGGAAUCAAUAGACCUGCACAUGAAGCUGGGCGACAAUGGAGAGGCUUUUUUUGUGGAAGAGAAUAUGGAGUCUCUGGUCCCAGCACAUUUGUGCACCUCCCCAAUUCCUUUCGAGGGUCCUGAACACAUAUAUGAGAUCCACGAGGGAUCCGCCGUUGCCGGAUCCAGUGGACGCAGAAAGAAACGGCGUCGCAAACGCAUACGGUCGGACACUCACCCCAUUGAAGACAACUCUUCAUCAGAUGAAAGGGAGAGAGAGAAGGAGUGGGAAAGAGAAAACGAUCAGGCUGGAGCAGACAGUCCUCUCCUAGAAGAUCACGUCCCUUCGUUACAAGUUUGUAAAUCAGUGUACUACUCAAUCUCUGAGGAGCCGAGUGUGGAAGUGGGUGUCACACGCAGCAGAGACACUCACCCUUACUCAGAUGGAGAGCACUCCCCCAUAGAAAGUAAUGUAUUUAAUAGUCGACCGACUUCUCCAAAGAGCGACUCUGAGCUUCUGCUCAAAUGUGAAGAGCCUCAGAUACAGUGGAACUGGGGAGGUUUUCCCACGCUGUGUCAGUCAGAGAGGACGUUGGAGCUUCAACACAUGUCCCCUCCUGGAAAAACUCAUUUCCGCACCAUAGAGAGACAGGAUUCCUUUGACAUGGGCGCGGAUUCUGCGAUCAGCUGUGGCAGAAUGGGCAGCGUCGCCGUCGUCAGGCCACAACCCAGGACUCACUCGGUGGACCAGAUUACACAUGGCUUGCAGACCACGCAUUUAUCCAACGUGGCCCAACCUGGACCUGAAUCUUCCUCAUCCUUUUGUGCAUUGUCACUGAAGACCGACACGGUCGUGAUGAAAUCCACGUCAGGAAAAGAGGACAACACACGCUCAUCAGUUUACUCUACAUGUCUGAUUAAUGGUACUGGAUACACGAGUAGUAGAGAAGGUACUGUUGAUCGAGUCACUGCUGUUAGUUCAUUUAGUGCAGUUACAGUGACCAAACCAGAGAACCAACAGAAGGUAGAUAGAAGCCCAACAAGAAACACACCGAGUCCAGUGUGUCCAGCACAUCAUCAGGGCACUACAUCAGCACAGAGUGACCUGAGAUGGAGCAGCGCAGCCCUCAUCAGUGAGGGGGACAGUGGCAUAUACCCCUACGUUGACGCAGGAGAGGAGGACAAUGGAUCUGCGUUCAUGGACCGAGCCUCAGUCUCCACUGCGACCACGGCCAAAGUUGAAGGCAGAAACACAGUGGAUGAGAGGAGUGCCGCGGACGGGUCGGCAGACUCUGCUGAGACGUCCACCAAAAGAGAGCAGCAGGGCAGGAAGAAAGGGAAACGCAACUUCCACCUGGGACCAACGGAUAUUUACUUGGACGAUCUUCACUCACUGAACCCUGAAGUAGCUGCACUCUAUUUUCCAAAGAGUGAGACAGAGGGAGCGUCACAACAAGGAUCAGGCUCCAGAAGUCAGUCGCCUCAUUCCCUGGGCAGCGUGGCAUUAGACAGUGGCACAGAGUACCUGUCUGACUCCACGUCCACCUCCUACAGCAUGGACGUCAGCAUGUCCCUCUGUGGGAUGGAAGGAGACACCAGCCAAAUCACCAAAGAGAAAUUUAUGGAGAACAUUGUGACUUAUGGGGAAUUCGCCAGUAACCCAGGAAUCAUUGAGGAUCCAAGUCUGGUUGUCUGCAUCAACUCCAACUACUACAACUGGGCAGCAGCUGCUCCAAUGAUCCUGUCUAUGACUGCUUUUCAAAAAAAUCUACCAAAGAGUUCCAUUGAGCGUCUGAUGAAGGACAAGAUGCCCAAAAAGUCUGGACGCUGGUGGUUCUCCUGGAGGAGAAGAGACAUGGUUCAAAAACACUCAAAGGACGAACAGGACGAGCAGAUGGCCAGUGUUUCCUCCGCAGUGAAAGCAACGCUGGAUGACACUCUCAGCACUGCACAGUGCAUCAGCCAGAUGUAUCGCAAAUCACUGCGUCUGACAUCAAAACAGAUAGAGCAGCUGAAGCUGCGAGACGGAGCCAACAAGGUGGUGUUCAGUGUGACCACUCAGUACCAAGGCACCUGUCGCUGCGAGGCUGCCAUCUACCUGUGGAACUGGGACGACCGUGUCAUCAUAUCAGACAUUGACGGAACCAUCACAAAAUCUGAUGCUCUGGGACAUAUUCUCCCUCAGUUUGGAAAGGACUGGACACACAAAGGCAUUGCCAAACUCUACCACAAAAUCCACCAAAAUGGCUACAAAUUCCUCUAUUGCUCGGCCCGUGCCAUAGGUAUGGCUGCCAUUACCAAGGAUUACCUGCAGUGGGUCAAUGAUGGAGGCACCGUCCUUCCUAAAGGCCCCGUGCUGCUGGCUCCUAGCAGCCUCUUCUCAGCCCUGCACAGAGAAGUGAUUGAGAAGAAGCCAGAGGUGUUCAAGAUCGCCUGCCUCAGUGACAUCAGAGAUCUGUUCAGUCCACAGAAACAGCCCUUCUACGCUGCCUUUGGUAACAGGACAAAUGAUGCCUACGCCUAUAGACAGGUUGGAGUUCCUGAAAACAGGAUAUUCACUGUCAACCCUAAAGGAGAGCUCAUCCAGGAGAAGACCAAAGUAAACAAGUCCUCGUACAGUCACCUUAGUGAAAUCGUGGAACACUUCUUCCCUGAUUGCUCAGCUCCGUGCAGCACGUCCUAUUCCUUCGACUAUCCCGAGUUCAGCAGCUUCUCCUACUGGCGGGAGCCUCUGCCACAGCUGGAUCUGGAUUCACUGCUGUAGAACAGUUCUCUGAUUCCUCAUCUUCCAUACUGGCACUUCAACGGUUCCACUGUUGCCAACAUGUGCCUGAAAGUUGCCUUUCGUUGGAUGUGCCGUCAGUGGCCUGUGUUAUUAGCUGCAGGAUAAACUGGAACACAAGGAAGAACUGGGUGAUAUCUUUUUCUUAUGCUGCUCUCAAACACAGAAAAACAAGUUCAUGGCAUAUAUGGACUGUAUUUCAAAUAUACAUUUCCACACACUGGCCAUGAUUAUUUGCACAAAAGGUCUGACACCAGUGGAUGAUUUCCAACUGUUACAUUUUUUAUUAUGUUGUCUCGAUCACUAUCACAGUCAUUGCAGUGAAUGAUGUAUUAAGAGUUUUUAAAGAAAGUUCAUUCUG